CGCGUGUCACCCGUCAUUGGUGCGUUCAUCAACUGACAGCCGGUCGCUUAGCGAGCAGCUAAUUUUUAAUAGGUUGGAACCAGAUUUCCUCUUCUCUGUCUUACUUUUAGAAGGUAUAUAUGCGCCUUGUGUUCGGCAUUCAUGGUAAAGGGCGUGUAGACGGAUAAUACGAACGAAAAUCCGUUGAAGUGGUAGUCCUCGCUUAAUGACUGAAACUCGUACUGCGUGGUUACUGGCUAGCUAGCGUAGAGGAGGGUGGGGACAAAAACUUCCAAAACCUCGCCCAGUCGUUGCUUCACUCCAGCAGGCAGCUAGUCUCUUGGCGGUGUGAGAGACCCACACCACUAAAUUAGGUAAUUAUUUGAGUGGAGAGUGACACCGCUGUGUCAGUCAAAGGUAAAAACCAAAACCAUGUUCAGAAAAAGUAUGAAGAAGGAUCCCGAGCUCUUUCAGAACGUGUCGGAGGGGCUGCGGCGGCUCUACCGAACCAAACUGUUCCCGCUGGAGGACACGUAUCGAUUCCACGACUUCCACUCUCCGGCUCUCGAAGAUGCCGACUUCGAUAACAAGCCGAUGGUACUCCUGGUGGGCCAGUACUCCACCGGCAAGACCACCUUCAUCCGUCACUUGAUGGAGCAGGACUUCCCUGGUAUGCGGAUUGGCCCAGAGCCGACCACAGACUCUUUCAUCGCGGUGAUGCAUGGCGAUCAAGAGGGGGUGAUACCGGGUAAUGCCCUGGUUGUCGACCCCAAGAAGCCCUUUCGCAAACUCAACGCCUUUGGAAACGCAUUUCUCAACAGGUUUAUGUGUGCUCAGAUGCCUAACGCAGUUCUGGAGAGCAUCAGUAUCAUCGACACUCCUGGAAUCCUGUCUGGCGAAAAACAGAGAAUAAGCAGAGGUUAUGACUUUGCCGCGGUGCUGGAGUGGUUCGCCGAGCGCGUGGACCGCAUCAUUCUGUUGUUCGACGCCCACAAGCUGGACAUCUCUGAUGAGUUCUCUGAGGUCAUCCGCGCCCUCAAGAACCACGAGGACAAAAUGCGCGUGGUGCUGAACAAGGCCGACCAGAUCAGCACCCAGCAGCUAAUGAGGGUCUACGGAGCCCUGAUGUGGUCUUUGGGAAAAAUCAUCAACACACCUGAAGUUGUGCGUGUGUACAUCGGGUCGUUCUGGGCCCAGCCCCUGUUGGUCCCCGACAACAGGAAGCUGUUCGAGGCAGAGGAGCAGGACCUGUUCGUGGACAUCCAGUCUUUGCCACGGAACGCAGCACUGCGCAAACUCAAUGACCUCAUCAAGCGAGCCCGCCUCGCCAAGGUGCAUGCCUACAUAAUCAGCUCUCUGAAAAAGGAGAUGCCCAGUGUGUUUGGAAAGGACUCAAAGAAGAAGGAGCUGAUAACCAACCUGGGAGAGAUCUAUCUGAAGAUAGAGAAGGAGCACCAGAUCUCACCUGGAGACUUUCCCAACCUUGCCAAGAUGCAGGAGCUGCUGAAUGGCCACGACUUCACCAAAUUUGCGACGCUGAAGCCCAAACUCUUGGAGGCGGUAGAGGACAUGCUCGCCAACGACAUAGCUCGCCUCAUGGCCCUGGUGCGCCAGGAGGAGGCCUCCAUGCCCAGUCAGUCCGUCAAAGGUGGAGCCUUUGAAGGCACCAUGAGUGGCCCGUUUGGCCACGGCUACGGCGAGGGCGCCAGCGAAGGCAUCGACGAGCUGGAGUGGGUAGUGGGCCGCGAUAAGCCCACGUACGAUGAGAUCUUCUACACCCUCUCUCCCAUCAACGGCAAGGUGUCUGGUGCUGCAGCCAAGAAGGAGAUGCUGAAGUCCAAGCUGCCCAACACGGUGCUGGGAAAGAUCUGGAAGCUGGCAGACGUGGACAAGGACGGCCUGCUGGAUGAUGAGGAAUUCGCCCUGGCCAACCACCUGAUCAAGGUGAAGCUGGAGGGCCACGAGCUGCCACCCUCGCUGCCUGAACACCUGGUGCCCCCAUCCAAACGCGGGACCGUGCAACAAGAUUGAGGAUCCAGAAAAGAGGGGGGGGCAGCUAAGUCAACACUCAAGUUACGGACUCUGUAUGCGUAAAGUUCAACCACAAGCAUGAACAGCGUCAUCCUCCAUCAAGCUGUGAGUCCCUGAGCUUCCUGACACACUGGAGGGAAGCCAUGCUGUGAUCUUAUUCACCAGAGAGAGACUGGAGGGUUUCUGGGG